AUGGCAGCCGGAAAUGAGUAUGAGAUGUCAAGAAUUCUCCAAUAUCACCCGAUCACUGUUGCUAUAGCCUACCAUAGGUCUUUUGAUCUUUAUAAAGGGGGUUUGUACAAGCCACCUCGUUUUUUAUUCGAGCUUGAUAUGGUGAAGUUGAGUGAUAAAUCAAAUCUUGAAAACCAUUCACUUCUGGAAUUUCAUGAGAUUUGUCUUGUAGGCAUGGGGACUUACAAUGGAGAACCCGCAUGGCUGAUAAAAAAUUCCUGGGGGAAGCAGUGGGUUGUAGGUGGCUAUGCAUACAUCUCACGCAACGGAAGCUACGCCGGAGCCUUAGGGAUAAAUUGUUGGCCAUCUUAUCCUAUUAUCGGUGAUCACGAAAGAUAUGAGAAGCCUCGCCUCUAUAAGCCACCUGCUGGGGUUGUAUUCCCGAAGAAGGAUUAA